AUGUUUGACGAGACCUCGGCAUCACUCGCUCACCAAGAACUGCUCUGCUUGCUCUCUCUCUCGCUCUCACUCUCUUUCUCAAUACCGCUACAGCCGCGACGGGGACUCCGACUCCCCCCCCGGUUGAUUCGGUCAAGAGUCUGGCCGAAACCAUCAAGAGGUUUGGGUGGUUGCGCACCAUUUACGCCGCCCUCGGCAUUGUCCUCUUCCGGGUCCGCUGGGCCUGCCGACCUUCAGGCCGCCUCCUCCUCCCGAUCUCCCCGGGGAUCGCCGGGUGCUUCGAGCGCCCCACCGGAGGCCGACCUCGCAGGAAACGGGCUAGGUGCUGAAGCCGGUGCCGGUGCUGCUGCUGAUGUCGACCCCGAAGCUGAUGGCCAAGGAGAGUUGCUCCGACUACGCAGCAAGACCGCCAAGCAGGAGAAGCGGAAGGACAGAUAA